UAUUCGUGCAAUUGUACUACUGUGCUAUACCGACUUUCAUUCACUCCACUGCUGUUGCUGCUGCUAAUGUAAUUCUUUUUCGUGGGCUCAUUCACUGCUCGUUCCUUACUGCUGCUCCCUGAGCCCUUCCACUCGCUUCACCCAUUCACUCUCGCUCUUGCUCCGCUCUCUCCUGGCCUCCGCGACCACGACCACGACCAUCCACCCUGCACGAAAACACCCGGAUCGCUUCCACUUCUUCCGCCGCUCCUCGCGUUUCACUACUGUCCUCACGAAUCCAACCAUACGCGACCGUCUCAUACCGUACCUUACCCUGUGACCGACUGCGCUGCGCCGCCACACCUCACCUCAGCGCUCACGUCGCACGCAGCAUUCGCUCGCUCGUUCACCGCAACCACAACCACAACCGCAAACAUAACAACCAGCGACUUCGCCAACCAGGCACGACUCACGCCACGACCGGACCGAUUGCAAAAUAGCUCUUCGUCGGGCGCGCACAUGCCCAGCACAGCCGACUUGGGACCGCUGAGACCGGCACUUCCAUCUUUACCGUCAGAGACGUCUUCCACGGCGCUGAGCUGCUGGGCGACUCGGCGCCGUCUGCUGGCUGGAUGUCCGUCCCUGUGCCAGACCACUCCCUGAGCGGCCACUGCUCGGGAAUUCACGACCAAACACUCUACGUGUACAACAACGACGGCCAAUUGCAGUCGCUCCCCCUCAAGAAGAAUGCGACGUGGACAGAGGAGCUGGGCGGAGACGUGGUCAAUGCGCCCGCAUGUGUGAAGGCCACGGGCAGUGAGCCUGCUUUGUUUGUGGUCGGAGGUGAAAGCGACGAUGCGAGCUUUCGGGGAGUGCAGAAAUACUCGUUUACCAGCAACGCGUGGGAGAGUCUGUACCCAGCUGCGGACGUCUUGCAAAAUCGAGUCGACCACAGCGUCGUCUAUCUCCCGGAUUCGGAGUCGAUACUCGUCUAUGCUGGCUCGCAAGCAAGCGCACCCUCCCACCUCUCCUCGCAGACCUUUCUGCUUUCGACGCAGCCGCCAUAUGACAUAUUGUCCUUCACCUCAAAUGCCCCGCCUGCAAACAACCCUAUACUAGCGCAAUGGAACAGCAGUCAUGCAGUUAUGGUUGGAGGCCAGACAACCUCGAAUCAGGUCUGGCUGUUUGGACCGAGUGAAGGGUGGACGCAAUUGUCCAGUGAUCUGGCAGGCCCCUUGGACCCUUCGGCCCGGGCUGUCGUGAUCAAUGGUGAUGAUGGUAGCAAAGUACUCCAAGUCUACGAUUUGCAUACAUCCCCCAAUACAGCGCAGGCAGUUGUCCUUCUUGGCGAUGGCGGACGGCCUGCUUACACGGGCCAAAUGGUCGGCCAAGCACAAUCACUCGACUCUCGCAAGCGGGAUCUUACCAUUGCUGACUGGCCCUCGUACAACGCCACAAAUGCUCCGACGAGCACGCGGGCCGAGUGCUCAAUCGCACAAGGUGAAGAUGGCCUGGUGGUCAUGGCAGGGGGCAACGAGAAUCAUCCUCUUAUCAUGUACGAUCAGAAAGAGAAUUCCUGGAUCGACGCCAACGACUUUUUCAAAGCCAAACAGCAGGUCGUUCUGCAACCCAGCUCGACAAGUCAACCCAGUGCCACCCCCACGGCCAGUGAAACAUCACAGCCUACAACUACCACACCAGCGGGUAGCAAUGGCAUGUCCGCACAUCAGAAGACGUUGAGGACGCUCGGUAUCACCCUGGGCACGCUUUGCGGCAUCGCCGCUCUGUUCAUACUGAUUCUGUUGUUCCUGAGAUGGAGAAGGACGAAGCAAAAGAAACAGAACGGAGGGUAUCUGAAGGAGAAGGAGCACGAUGGUGCCGCUGAUCGACGCCUCAGUUUUGCGGAUCGAGGAGCAUCAUUCAUGAAGGAAGCUGGGGUUUCUACGCAUGAGCUGACGCCACCGAAGGCGAAUUUCGAUCGCAGUAACGGAUCUCACAGCUCGCUCGCCAUCAUCACCAACAAGUGGACAAAUGGUAACAAGCAGAGUCCCUACGGACACGAGCAAAAGGCGAGCUUCGAGAGUACCGCUCGUCUUGUCAAGAGCAGAGAAGCCAUCUCAAGACCGUCAGAAAACCAUGAGAUGGUGGACAUCGGCCAUAAGACUGCUGGGCCCAACUCGAACCUGGUCGUUCCUGGCUCCUUUGCUCAUGGCUCGCUCGACAGGGAGACGCGUGACGAGAGGAAGCGAAGCUCCGGAUGGUCGAAGUAUUUCGCGUCCAGUACCCCCGAAGGGGCCAAUUCGCUGUCGCACAUUCCAUCGGCAUACAUCAAGCCCAAUACUAGCGGUGAAGGUAUUGACAGAGAUUCCGAGUACUCGAAUGACACGCAGCGCGCCCGAAUUCCAUCUUCCAUUCUGAUGCCACCGCUCGACAUUGACUUCACCAAGACCGUUGACGGGCAACGCCUUUCACACGUCGCCAUGGGCUCUCCUGCCUUCAUGGACUCGAGAGAAGAGUUUGCGAGGACUGGAAGUGCGGGAGUGGUCAGCGAAGGUCAAAGAGGCCAGAUCGUGGAUCCACGCAGCUCGCAGGCGACUAGUAUCAACUCGUAUGACAAUCGCUCCACCAUCGGUAGCUACGUCUCGAGCGAGUACCCCCAUGAGGCACAGACACCAUGGACACCUAUGAGUGGAGACGUUGCCUCUGCCGACCGAGGCCGGGCCACGAGCAGUGUAUACUCGAACGGCGCUCGCGUCCCUUCCCGAGGUCGUUCGACCGGCUUCUUCCCAGGUGCUGGCACCAGCUACAAGCCUGCGAAAGCCAAGUUAAGCCAUGCAGCGGGCCCGACAUCAGAGUGGGCGUCGCCUCGGACACCAUCCGCUGCCAGGAAGCCCGCAGAGAGCAUCAUGAAACCCACUGAUAUCAACGAUGGUCUAGAGGAUCUCGCGCCGCCUAGGGCACCUGGUCUAUCGCUUCGACCAGCAGAGGAUCGCGACAGCACCGUGACCAUCUUCCCGGGAGCCGAUUAUCUUGACAGCCCUCCGAAGCAAGGCAGAGGUCAAGCAGUAGCUGGAGCGCACCAAGAGGUUGCAGGACGUCACCCGAUCAACACAGACAUGAGCUGGUUCAACCCUCGUGCAACUUGAGCUGGAUCCCAUGCAUCCAUCCCGCUCACCGUCCCGGCUGUCACCCAGCACAGCUAUCAGCGUAUCAGUUGCAAUGGAUUUGACUGCAUACCACACCAAUGACAUGUUCACCGACCGGGUGUCGUGUACUACUCACUUAUACAUAGGAUGAAGCACGGACUUUUACGGCCUGGUGUUCGACGAGCGCUUCAUGCUCCUGGAGAAAUGCUUUUGCCGACGGCCGCGCAAUGUGGCCCGAGUGCCACUGAGAAUGCGAAGAAGAAGAACAAAAAGAAGAAGCGCUUGCGCAUGAGCAUGAAAAGCGAGAGGGCAGGAACCGCAGCAGAAGACGACGAACGGCCUCGAAGCCCCAGCGGCCUACACAUGGCGCGCGAAUGUGUUUUUUGUCAUCACCAGCAGGCGAGCCCUUUAUGUUUUUGUUUUUACAGCCCCCCUUUUCUUCUGCGCGGGAAAAACGAGAGAUACCACAAUUGACAUUCGCCUUGCUGUUCAGUGUCAAUUUUUGCCCUUGUACAUAGGCCAAUAAUGUCUCACAGCAUGAGAGUAGGGCUGUCGAUAGUCGUACGAAUUCACAUUGUCG